GAGAGAACUGUCAGAGAGGAAGAGGGGGAGAGCGAGCGAGCGAAUGAGAGAGAAAGCUUGCAACCAUCACCGUGCACUGCAAUACCGGAUUGUACUUCAGCUGGAGUUAGUGGGGUUUGCAGCUUUAAAUACAUCAAAACAGAACAAAGAGAACGCGUCUGCAGCACAAUAAAAGAACACGCUAAAGAAAGGGGAAAACAAAACAAGAAGGAAAAAUCUUGGCGGCUAAAUCGCAAACGAGCAAAGGAUCCUUCAUCGAUAUAUAUUUUUUUCAUUCAGCAAGGAGGAACUUCAAAAGGGAUUCCGCUUUUUGGGUGGAGGGUGCAAAAAGCUGCAAGCCACUAAAAGUUUGCAGGCAAAACAAAAAAAAAAUCGAUUUUAUUUAAACCUUUGAAAACAAACUUUUCAGAAGACUGUUCUGGGUAUCAAAGGACUUCUAAGUGCAGACUUUCAUCAACGUUUAUCAACGUGGAUCCUUGUUCCUCUUUACAUUUUAUACCUAUUCAUCUAGUUUACUAAAUAUAUGAAUUUGUGAAACGAAACCAAGCGGAUUUGACGAAACUCAAAAAUCUUCGUUUUCUGUCCUCCUCCGUUUUGGUUUUCAACAACAAGUCGAUGGUAUGAGCCAGAACACUAUCCAGACUUUUAAAGUUUGAAUAAUUCAUGGAUUAGGAUUUGUCUGCUUGAAAAAAGAAAGUUAGAUAAAACGAGGGAGGGGGGGAUAAUAAAGAGACAUAUUCAUAAGGGUUAACGGAAUGGCCACUGCGGCUUCCAACCCCUAUCUGGCCAGCAAUAGUAUUCUAUCGUCAGGCUCGAUCGUCCAUUCUGACUCUGGAGGCGGUGGUAUGCAGCCGGGCAGCGCUGCCGUAACCUCGGUGUCCGGCGGGUACAGGGGAGAUCCCACAGUAAAGAUGGUGCAGAGCGACUUCAUGCAGGGUGCCAUGGCGGCGAGCAACGGGGGUCAUAUGCUGAGCCAUGCCCAUCAGUGGGUGACAUCGCUGCCUCACGCCGCCGCCGCUGCAGCUGCGGCCGCCGUGGCAGCAGCAGAAGCCGGGUCCCCUUGGUCGUCCAGUCCCGUUGGAAUGACGGGCAGCCCUCAGCAGCAGGACGUCAAAAAUAAUUCGGGCAGGGACGAUCUACACACAGGCACCGCGCUACAUCACAGGCCCCCACAUCUUGGUUCCCACCAGACACACCCAGGAGCUUGGGGUGGUACCACUGCGGCUCACAUCCCUUCGCUAGCGGGUGGACAGCAGCAGCAACAGUCGCUGAUUUAUUCCCAGCCUGGCGGUUUCACAGUGAACGGGAUGCUAAGUCCACCGGGAAGUCAGAGCUUGGUGCAUCCGAGUUUGGUGCGAGGAGAUACCCCGGAGCUCGACCACGGAAGCCAUCACCACCAUCACCACCACCAGCAUCAGCACCAUCAACAGCAGCACCACGGCGGAGUAAGCAGCCACGACCCGCAUUCAGACGAGGACACGCCGACAUCCGACGACCUGGAGCAGUUCGCCAAGCAGUUCAAACAGCGCCGGAUCAAGCUGGGCUUCACCCAGGCGGACGUCGGUUUGGCUUUGGGGACGCUGUACGGGAAUGUCUUCUCUCAGACCACAAUCUGCAGGUUCGAGGCGCUCCAAUUGAGCUUCAAAAACAUGUGCAAGCUGAAGCCGUUAUUGAAUAAAUGGCUUGAGGAAGCUGAUUCGUCCACCGGGAGUCCCACUAGCAUCGACAAGAUAGCGGCGCAAGGCAGGAAACGAAAGAAGCGCACCUCCAUCGAAGUGAGUGUGAAGGGGGCUUUGGAAAGUCACUUCUUGAAAUGUCCAAAACCCUCGGCCCAGGAGAUAACCUCUCUGGCUGACAGCUUGCAGCUGGAGAAAGAAGUGGUGAGAGUCUGGUUUUGCAAUCGGAGGCAGAAAGAGAAAAGGAUGACGCCCCCGGGAGUGCCGCAGACGCCGGAGGAUGUGUACUCUCAGGUCGGCAAUGGACACUUUUUAGUAGAUUACUUAAAAGAUGCGAGUGUAACUGGGCCGAGUGAACCAUGCGACCAGAGGGUGACACCAACAAGUUCGUUCCAUCAGGUAAUUUUGGCGCACUAACAUGAACACGAAAAAAUAAAAAAUAAAAAAUAAAAACACAACCAAGUGUAAGAAAUGACUAUAUUUCAAAUUCACCUUCUAUUUACCGUGUAAUUGAUGUGUUUUGAGACAACAGAAGCAGGCAUUUUACGCAUAAAAAAAAGGCAAGAAGGGACUUAAAAUCCAAGCUUAUACAAAGACAAAAUUGUACGCUGACUACAGAACGAAGAAAAGUGGAAUCCACGAAGCUUCGCACAUAUUGUACCAAGAGGACCGCAUGGUUUAAUAUUCCAAACAAAAAGGGAUUGGAGACCCCCCCCCCCCCCCUUCCAAAAAAAAAAAGAAGAAAAAAAAAACUCUUAUGACUCUUUGCUCUGUCUGAUCUGAAAGAUCGCAUCUUUUCAAAAGUGUCUUUUAUUUUGUGGACCGACCCCCUUAAAUGGAUUUUUUUAAAAGAACAAAAAAGUAAAAAAACAAAAAAACAAAAACAAAAAAAAAACAACAACAACAACAUGACUGAAUAUCUGCUACUGCACUUAUCUGAAAUAUUCCUCUCCGAAAAUCCGUUGCCAAGCGUGACUGAAUGGGUGCUUUGGAUGUAACUAUGAUAACGCUGCCAUUUCCAAGCAGUGUUCUUUGGUAGGUUUUAAUAAUCAGACUCUGUAAAGUCGGCAAUAUAGAUUCCUUAGAUCAGAUACUGAUCUGAAUUAUUUACUUUAUAUUUUUCAUCAAAAUGACUUGUUUUAAUAUUUUAUUGGGGAUAACUCUGGACUGUUGCGAACGGUAAUUUAUUUUUCCCAAGACCUUGUAUGAUGUUUUUUUUUUCUUGUUUUUGUUGUUGUCCUUAUACGUUUUGUUUCAUUUUGUAUUAUUAUUAUUUUAAAAAGGAGCACAAAAUCAACAGAAACUGACAUGGACAGUUGUUAGGUAAUAAGGGUAUAUUUUGAUGUGAUAAUUUGAUUGUAAUUUAAUUUCAGUAGUGAUUCCGUCAGAGAUGAUUGAGAACAAUAAAUUUCUUAGAAUGAAAUAACGUGGUUGUGUGUUGCAUGUGGUAGCUCAGAUUUAUAUUUAAUAUGUGCAGGACAUAAUUAGCUACACGAAACAAUGUGUUUAAAUACAUUUCUACCGCAUUGUGUGUUUAUCGGGUGUUUAUUUUUCCUGAAAUAGGACUCGGUUACAUGCUAACGAUUUUCAUUCUUGACCCCGUGACCUUUAUUUCUAUUUUGGAUUUUUAAAAACUUUAUUAUUUCUUGUUUGAGUAAAGAUACAUGUUUUAAAAAACAUGC